AACACACUUCGCUACACACACGCUUGCGCGCGCUCUCAUAUACCACCAAAUCUCCUGCAAUACUCUCGCAAACCUUACACGACACUAAUCCCACCAUCAACAUGCUUCUCGACGAAGAUCCCGCAACCCUGAUCGCCCAAUGCACUUCGCACUUCAAACUCGACUCGGACCGCGCCUCCCUGCUGCGCAUCGGCGAUUCGCUCUCCACCCUCAGCACCUUCCGCCAGCAGCACCUCUCUGGCCUGCAAUCCACCCUUCAAAAGCUCAACCGCACGCACCAAACCCUCUCCUCGAACCACAAUCACACGCUCUCCCAGCACAACCCCACGACGCACGCCGCGGAGAUACUGAGAUUGGACACGGAGAAGUUCAAGAUCGCGAAGCAGGCGAGUGAUUUGGAGAUGGAGGGCGAGAGGCUGGAGGGAGAGUUGGGACGAUUGGGCGGUGUUUUGAGUGAGUUGGAGGCUGAGGGCGUCGAGGGCGGGGAGAGGGAGAGAGGGCCAGAGGAGGAUGCUACCGUGCUCAAGCUCAAGGUAUACCGCACACUUGGCAUCGACGUCGAAGCCGAUCCGACAACCGGCCAGUACAACAAAGCGGUGGUUCGAAACGCAGCAAAGGGCGACGUGCACGUUGUAAACAUCGACCCCAAGUUCUCGCGGCAAUUCUACACAAACUAUUUCUGGAGGACCAUGUAAGCGCCGCAGUCGGGAUGGCGGGAUGAAGGUGAAUCGAUGGUGGCGCUUCGGCGGUGGCAUUUUGAGAGUGACGACAAGAUGGAAACGCGUAUGUACGACAGCUGGGCGUCAGAGUUGAGCGACGAUACCUCUUUUCAUGUUUCGGCGUUUGGAUAAUGCUUUGAGGAUGCCAACGUUAUAUAUGGUGUUCAAAAGGACCUGAGAGAGUCCCAAGCGGAAGAUGUCAUAGAGCCUGAAAGCCUUCGACCACUCUGCAACAUGGACUUCAUUCCGCAUUCAUAAUACAUUACGAAUGAGCUACUUGAGCUACUAUCA